UGUGGGAACAGCGCCCCCUUGUUUGUGUAUGGAGAGCAGCGGGAGGUAUGAGGAAUACACCACUGCUAACGAUAGCAACCUACACAGACAGGGAAAUAAUUCAUCAAGGCUCUUCACUGGAAGUAUGUGGUCUGCGAAAAGCGAGUGAAGGACUUUAUUUCCGACAAAUCCUUCCUUUCCUGUCACAUUCCCGCUGAGGCGAACACCGAGAACGAAAGACUCCCGCUAAUCCCGUGAAGUGGGAAGCGGCCUGCUUUUGUAGCCGGCUAUUCAGUGCAGCUCAGGCGGCUAGCACUAUCAACAGAGCCCGGUGCUUCCGCUUGCUUAAUUUUCUUUGCACCGACAGAAACAUCGGAGCGUCGGGAUUAUUUUUCUUUUAAUAAUAACAGUCUCUCUUUCUCCUGUCUCCCCUCCCAUCAACGUGCAGCUGUCGGCGUUUCUUACCAAAAAGGACUAUUUCAACCUGAGGCGGCCUGUUUUGUUUUCGGACCGCCAUGAAUCUCUGCGAACAAUAACGCAACCAUAACGAGCCUGCUGGGGCUGCACUGAAAUCGGAGCCGUGGUUGCCCCGGCGCAGGAUCAUUAGUGCAUUGUAUGGUACCAGCUGGGAACCGACGUGAAAACACGGAACGAGCAUGCAUCGGGACUGUGGAAUUAUCUGUGGGAACUCAUUGCAAACCGGAGCACUUUGUCAAGAAAAUCCCCGUGUGAAUUUUGGAACCGCUGCGAGUUAACCGGGUAAGAGCACAGUUAAGAGGCGGAGGGAAACGCUGCACACGAUGCUUUGUUUCAUCACGUCUCACGCGUGGUAUGGAAACAAACCGAAUGGAUGUGGAUGAACAGACAUUUAUUUGCAUGGACGACUCUCUUGUGAAUGCACUUAAAAUCCGCGAUCUAAAGCUCAAGUGCUCUAAAACCAGAGCACCACGUUGAAGAUGGAUUGGAUAUGAGUGGGGAUGAGUAACCUGGAUUGCUCUGUGCGCAGACUUCUAUAUAUGUGGGAUUUAACAACAGGAAACUAAGGCCGUUACAUCCAUAUAUGCUCUCUUCAAAGCUACUGGAAUCCCUUGACAAAAACAGUCAUUUCACCUCACAGAACGCGGGAGUACCGCUGGCUCGACCGGUUAGUUUGCCGGUAUUAUUGGGUGACUUUAUUGUUUUAACGUAUUAAUACACCUGAACGGAUUGGAGCCCCGGCCAGCCAGCUGAGAUGAACCCAGUGAAUGCGACCUCACUCUACGUGUCCGCGAGCCGUUCGGUGCUGCAGUGCGACCCUCGAGAUCCCCGGGCCCUUGCUGAGCUCUGCAAGCUGCUGCCGUUUUUCCGUCAGUCCCUGUCCUGCUUGGUCUGCGGUAACUUGCUGCAGGACCCCAUCGCUCCCACCAACUCAUCAUGUCAGCAUUAUGUUUGUCGAGGUUGUAAGGGUCAGAGGAUGCAGCUAAAACCGUCCUGUAGUUGGUGCAAGGACUAUACUCGCUUUGAGGAAAACAGGCAGCUGUCUUUGCUUGUCCACUGUUACAGGAAGCUCUGUCUCUACAUCACUCAGUCGCCGCUUGCCCCGCACAUAGCCAGCGCCGCCAGUGACUCGCCAGACCUUCAGGAAAUCCUCAAUGAGGGUCUCACGUUGGCUGAGAUUGAGCCAGAGAUGGAGGACAUUUCAGAUUCAGCUGCGCCAUCACAGACUGCGUCCACCUCAGAGGUGGUUAAGUCCGAAGACGCCCCACCCAUAAGGGACAUAAAGGGUGAGGAGCGGAGCCCCAUGAGCAUAAACGGGCUUCAUGAUUGUAACGGCCUGGUCAGUUCAGACACACUUCAAUCUAUCACCAUACAAACAGGUGGAGGUGUUGCAAAGCAAGAAAGCUUUUCAGAAGAAAUCCCUGUGUGUGUGAGCGUCACAGGGAGUGGGGAGACGGGGCUUUGUGACAUCAGCACUUUUGGGGAAGACCUAAAACAUGCUGGGGGGCCUUUGUUGUUAAGUGUGGAGGAAGUGCUAAGGACUCUAGAGACAGACACUGACCAUGACACCAUGUCUGAGCCCAACCCCCAGCCUGAGUACCACCUUUGUGUACCUCAGUCGAGCCUCAACGGACCGCACUGCCCAUCUGGUCCCAACUCGUCCCGCCUCAUUCCCUCUCUGCCCCCUGAGAACAGUCCUCGUACCCUUCAGACUCACCUGCAGCCUCUCCAUCAGCCCUCCAUGGUUGUUCCCCGCAUACCCCUUCGGUGCCAUCGCAAACGCUCCCGCUCAGAAAGCGACAGUGAGAAAGUGCAACCCCUUCCCAUUUCCAGCCUUUUGCGAGGGUCUACCAUUGGUGCCAUCAGCUCCCCCCACCACACUAACCCUGGUGCCACCAUUAAACAUGAGCCUAAGUUCCCUACAAUCUCGCCUCAUCCCCAUCUAGCACCAGUGCCUAACGGCGGCCCUCCUAAGGUGGCAAAGACUGUUCUCGUCUCCAACAAGGGCCUGAAAAAGCCUAUGGAGCACCACGGGGCCGCCAAGAAAGCUUACACCAAGGCCAGGCAAGGGGCCCCCAAGCCCCGCUCUCAGCCCCGUGACAGAGUACCCCCACACCCUCAUGCUCACCCCCUGACACACCCACCCAGCCCCUCAAAGCCACUGUAUAAGAAACCUGUGGAGAAGAAGGGCUGCAAGUGUGGCCGAGCUACACAGAACCCCUCAGUGUUGACCUGUAGGGGGCAGCGUUGCCCCUGUUACUCCAACCGCAAGGCAUGUCUGGACUGUAUCUGCCGCGGUUGUCAGAAUUCCUACAUGGCCAACGGGGAGAAGAAGCUGGAGGCCUUUGCUGUGCCAGAGAAGGCUCUGGAACAAACCCGACUCACUCUGGGCAUCAACCUCACCAGUAUUACCGCAGCAGCCCUGCGCAGUCCAGCCACCAGCUCCCCCGGCAGCACCCUCCUCAAUGUCACAACGGCCACGGGGGCACCCGUCACAGCUACCUUUCUAUCGGGGGCGGGGCACGACAACCGGGGCUACGACGAUUCACUGGAGAUGCGAUUUGACUGUUGAGGUCCAUUUCACUCCUCCGGUCAGUCGUCAUGCACAUUCCCCGCCCCACCCGCUGGGCGUCAUAAUCGGGUUGUGCCAGGGACCUGCAGAGGCGGAGCCAGAAGAAGGCAGCUACAGUGACGGGCGGCAGCGAGACGUCACCCUCCGUCCUUCGCCCGAAACUGCACCAUGCUUGUGGUUUUGCAUCCAGAGAAGAGAAGGAGAAAGAGAUAUAGCAUUACUGUAUGUGAUGAGAUGAAAUUCAUUUCAGUGGGAAUAGGUUUUCCUUUUUGUUUUCUUCUCUAUUAUGGGUAAUGUGUAGAGCAUGUGUAGCUAAAUCUGGAGGCUUGACCUUGGUCACGCCUCUGUGUGUGUGCGCGUGUGCAUGUGAGUGUGUAUGUAGGGGGGUAAGGGUUUGAUUUGGAGAUUAAACCUGUUAACAGGAAUGGAGACAUCUUUGUCAUCAUCAUCAGAGGCUGGUGUAAUUUAUAUAAAAGACAUUUUUGUACAUGGACUUAUCAGUUUCCAUUUAUAAAGACAUUGUGUAUUUUAUAAGUUACAUUAAAACCAAUGGAAGCCGAUGCAGGGACAAGUCUGCCUUCAACCAGAAUAUUUUCACACUGCUAAAAGGUAGAUAAUAUUUUGUCAACUCUUCUAAAGCACCAGAAUUUAAGCAUUAUUCAAACCUUAAGAUAGAUGAAAAUAUUAUAACUGAAGAACCAGGAUGUGAACUUUUAACACCACCAGCCAAGGUUUGAUUUUGCCUGUUGAAUGUUUAUACUCUGUGAGUUACUGUCAGACUACCAAAUAUUAUUCUAAGAUGUUGUAUACUGUAAAAAAAAAAACUGUAUUUUACUAGAAAACUUGUGAACCAGCUGUUGUGGUUGGAGGAAAAUAAAACCUCCAUCCGUGGUUUGCUGUUUUAUAUGUCAGAGUUGCAAGUUACUCAUCAUUUGUGUGUUUUUGUAUAUUCAGCACUUUCUCACACUGGCCACACAAAACUUAUAACUACCAUUUUUUUUAUCUACUUUUUUGAGUGUUGAAAUCUGGUUGAUUGCAGACCCUGCACACUGUUUCUACUUUUAAGAUUUUGGUUUCUGGAAGCUACACAUCUGCUGCUAAGAACUACAAAGGACUCAAAGAAGGAAAGCACUUGUUUUCCUCAUCUCUUGUUCUGUUACUUUCUCUUUUUUUUCCCCCAGUUUUUAAUCAUUUGCAUUACAUUUGCAGUAUUUAUUGGACGUCUCCUAACAUAGGUUGCUUGUCUGGCAUCAGUUUUGCCCUCUCAGCCUGUCAAGUCUUGUCGAUCCAGUCCAGGCUAUUUCUGUCUCAGUUAAGUUCCUAUCAUCUUGUUUAAUGUUAGUUUCUGGUGUCUCCAAACAGUAUUUUUUUCUUUGUUCUCCCCCUGGGCAUUUAAAUACCUGUAAUAUAAAUGUAAAAUAUUUCCACAAAAAGAAAGAAAAUCCAAAACUUAA